UGCUGUUGUUCGGAGUUUGCACCAGAAUUCACUCCAAAACAUUAAAGCUCAUAAUGACGACUAUGGCAACCCACUAUGGAAAGUACCUUCUCGUAUUGUCUGGAUCGGUUGAGUAUGCCCCGUUCCUAGAAAACUGGAAAACUCUUAAAGACAGCGUGCGAAAAAAUGCCGGAAAUCCAGGGUGGACAGAUGUGAGCACGACGUCACAAAGAGGAAUACGACGGGCAUGGUGCAAUCUAUCGAUAGAGGGAAAGGCGAAAACUGCAUACAGUACGCAUUACCAUCCGCAAAUUGAAGAAUAA